GGAAGCUCAGGGGAUCCCGUUGAUUGCGAGAUGAAGGACGGGGUGCAUGUGAGGAGGGUGGAGGAGAAGCAGCAGCAACAGCAAGGGGAAAAAGACUGGCAGUGUAAAGCAUGAGGAGGAGGAGGCACAUUGGAGGGGGGAAUAGAAAGAAGGAUAGAAGGGACACUUAAUUGGGAAAUAUGCAGGGGCAGCGGGGAUAGCAGACUUAGGCGAUGGGCAAUUGUAGAGGCUACGGAAAGGGUAGCAAUAGGGCAGAGGGAGAUGGGAGAAUAAUGGAGAACAGCAUUUGGAGCCUGGGGAAGAAGUGUUUGGAUAAAAAUGGAGGAAGAGAUUGCGGAAAAGGUGGCCAAAGCCUGGUCACCUUUGAUACCCUGGGAUCUGUCCACACAUUGACAAUUCCUCAACCUCUCCUCUUGGAUAUUCUGUAGCCCUGUCACGUUCAGCUGUUGCUGACCGUUAGCGCAGUUCGGACCGCAGAGUAGGAGCCUCUUUUUCAUUGAUUGCAACGGUCUGUGAUGAUUGUUUGAAGGGUGGAAAACUGGAGGCCAGGCAUUGCUGACUUAAAUAUAUUGAAUAAUCCCAUCCUAUUACCAGAAGUUACUUCAAAGGAAUCCUUGGUACUAUGGCAGAAGCAAGCUUUCGUGCACCAAAAAGAAAGAGGAGAGUGUACGAAUUUUAUGAAGCGCCUUUCCCUGUGUCACUAACCCAAGAAGAAACCAGUUCAAAAGAACAAGAACAUUAUUAUGCUGAAAUUAUGAAUAACAGUGUAAUUGUAAGGAAGCCAGAAAAUAUGCAAGCCCUGUAUGGAAAGGGUUAUUUUGGAAAAGGAGUGCUCUCCAGAAGCAGACCAGGUUAUAAUGUUUCAGACCCUACUUUAGUUGCCAAAUGGAAAGAUGCCAAUCUUAUGCACAUGCCUAUAAUUUCAUCAAUGAAGUUUCAGCAUCAUGUAGAGUGGGCUAAAAGUCUCCUGCAAGAACAAGGAUUGGAGAGCACUUUAAUUGAGAAAAUGCUUGAAAGUUAUAUAAAACCUAUAGAAUUGCCUUGUGAUAGAAAGAGCAGUGAAUUUGAUGACAGUUCACAAGAAAUAAACAUUGACUCCAAAGUCUAUAUAGCUAAAACAGAACCUGAUGAAAUAGCUGAAGAAACACACAAUGGAGAAAUUCAUCCUGUCAUAAGCCCUCAAACUAGGACACAUUGUUUGGAAGGUGAUGCACCUUAUGAUCCUUUAGCAAAAUAUGGAUAUGUCGACUGUGAAACAAUUGACAGGGAAGCUAUAGCAAAAGUACACUGUUCCAGACACAGUAAUCUCAUUAUACACUGUGGCUGCCAAUAUCAAGAUGCUAUGAAAGAGGCUCUGCAACUUAACUCAAUUAAAGAUAACAAGAUUUCCACAGAGCACGAAUAUGUACUAGUGGUAGAAAAAGUACUACCGUGUGCUGAUAAAGAAUUGAAUAGAAAACUUGAAGUAACAGAAAGAUUAGUCUGCAAGAGGAACCCUUUCAAAGUAUUUGAAUAUCUUCAGCUCAGUUUGGAAGAGGCAUUUUUCCUCGUCUACGCCUUGGGAUGUUUAACCAUUUGUGAUAAUGAGGAGCCUCUGAGUAUUCUCAAAUUGUGGGAAAUAUUUAGUCUGAUUCAGCCUGGAUUUAAAACCAAUUACAUGGGCUAUCACUACUUUCGAAGUAAAGGCUGGGUGCCAAAAACUGGACUGAAGUAUGGUACAGACCUUUUACUGUAUCGAAAAGGACCUCCAUUUUAUCAUGCAAGUUAUUCAGUGGUGAUUGAAAUGGUUGAUGACAGUUGUCAGGGUUCACAGCGUAGGCCUUUCACUUGGAGAUCACUUGCUGGGUUAAACCGAACCACUUCUAAUGUCUCAAAGGAGCUCCUGUUAUGCUAUUUAAUUAAACCAUCAAAUAUGACUGAUGAGGAAAUGACAUCACCAGAAUGUAUGAAGAAAAUUAAAGUUCAGGAGCUGAUUGUAAGCCGUUGGAUUUCUUCCCGAGAACGCACUGACCAAGAAGAGUUGUAGCAUAUUCCAAAGUAUUGAUAAAGUGGGUUAAUGCAGGAACCAAAUAUAUGUAUGUCAACGAGCAAACAGCUGAAAUCAAUAAAAUUGAAAAGAUGA